CAAGCUGUAGGCUUCCGGCGGACUCUACCGGUUGGUCGACCCGCUUUGACCAGAGCGCGUCGGAACUGCGUGGUCGGGUGUGGUUUAGAUGCUAGGGAAAAGUGCGCCUGAACUCCCCCUUGCUGGCUGGUUUUUAUCGGAUCAUUGUCGUCUCCCGUCGUAUAGCGCUACCGUUUGUGUUUUUUUCGGAACCGGUCUCUCUAUUUCCGUUUCGGUAUAGGUAUGCGAUUUUUUUCUGAAAUUGUCAUUUGGUUUCCUUUCUUUGCAUGUAAGCACUUUGGCCGUUCGACCGUACGCCAUUGACAGUAUGACAGUUGAGGCAAAUUACGAAGGUCCUUAGGUACUGUUUUCUGCGAGAUGCUACAGAAUCCCGUUUGUCGUAGCUGUAUUCGCUAGAGCUACGCUACAGUAACGAAAAUAUGAAAUAUUUUAGAUAACAGAGUGUCGGAACAGGUUCUCACAAAAGGAAAGGGGAGGGCCUGGACCAGAGGCAUCCGUUUCUCCUUAUUUUUACUAUUGAUAUUUUGAACUUCAAUUUACGGAUAAGAUUUCGUGGAAAAAUUCCUCUAUUGGAAAUCGUAUGCGAUUGCUAAUAUCUUGUUCCACACGGGAGCGGGGAGUGUUAUUGUUUGUUCAUGAGUUCAACACGCUUUCUACACUUAUUAGACAUCUUUCUAACUUUGCUUCAUUUGUGUGUCUAGCUAUCUUUGGUCGGGAAUUGAACAUGAACCCUUAUUUACUGUCUGUGUCUGUAUCGUCAAUUCUGUUAAAUUUCCUCCCAGGGCAAAACGUUUUGUUCGAACUAGAAUGGAAAAAGGCACAUUUUUGAUUGCAAAAUGAAUCCACUUCUUUUGAUAAACAAACAACUGUAAACAGUGCAUGUGCAUCGAUCCUGUGUCUGUUAAGUUUAUUUCCCAGGAAGGACUGUACUAUGUUGCAGAAUUUUUAGUUCCAACUUGACCUGAGCAAGGCACGCGUACGUUCGAGCGCAAAAUUAACUCUCCAACGACUCCAACUUGCUAUUUUGCUAGGAUAUAGGCUGUGAAUACUUCAAGCCUUAUACUAAAUGAGCUAGAACUGCAGUAUAGGAUUUGUUUCAACUGGAAUUGGAGGAACCUUUUCGAUUGUACAAUAAACUCGCCAUUUAUUUAUUGAUAAAGAAUGCAUCAAACUACAUUCGAUGAUAGAAGCAGAAAUUGAUAAGAUUGGAUCAACGUUUUUGGAUACCUUUCAGCAGAAAAAAUAGCACCAUUUUCGUAGUGAAUUGCUUUUCAGGAAAAGUAAUACGUUUUAGAUACAGAUUUACAAGUACAGUUAACUCUAUAAUUGAAACCGCAUAAUACUCUAUAUCUAGAGUUACAUUUACACAUUUUUUUAGAAUAAUUAUAACGAGAGUUAUGGCUGAUAUAUCAUUAGCAAAACGUUCACUUUUAAACAAUCCAUCAAAAAGAGCAAUAAUGGAAAGAUCCAAUACUCGCUCUACAUGUUUGGCAGAGGUUCAAGCGGAAAUCGAGAGAAUAUUCGAACUCGCCAGAACCUUACAGCUCGUAGUCUUAGAUUGUGACACAAUCAACCAUCCUUCGCAACUUGCCAAAACGUCUCUAGCGCCAAUUGUAGUUUAUCUUAAAAUAACUAGUCCGAAAGUCUUGCAAAGAUUAAUAAAGUCGAGAGGAAAAAGUCAAGUUCGGCAUAUUAAUGUUCAAAUGGUCGCCGCCGAUAAAUUGGCACAGUGUCCGCCGGAAAUGUUCGACGUAAUUUUGGACGAGAACCAAUUGGAGGAUGCUUGCGAACACAUAGCUGAAUAUUUAGAGGCUUACUGGAGAGCAACGCAUCCCGAGGUAGUUCCAAAUGUUACGAGACAAAUUGGGAGUUCGCCCCAGGCUUCACCAAGCGGAGAACCCAUACACGCUACGUUACCUGCCCAUCAUGAUGUUUACGGAUAUUCACAUGACUCUAGAGGUGGAUCAGUGUUUCAUACUGCACACAGUCGUGGUCGUUCACGUUUAGAGCGUGAUCGUGAAUAUGAAGAUUAUUUAGAAAGAGACCCGCAGAGUCAUACUUCAUCGGUGCCUUCUCAUUUAGCAGGGGGUCAAGAUUAUCGUGAGCAUAAUUUAGAUAGAAAUUUACCUCCUCGUGAUCAUCGAGGUGUUAGAGAAGACGAUUUUCCUCCUCAUAGAACAUCAUCAAGAAGAGCCGUUAAUGUUAUCUAGUGGAGGCUUUCUACGGAACAGCCCAUUGAAGAAGAGAUUCAUGAUGACCUCAGUCCUAGAGAAGACGUUUGCUAUAAACCUCAGAUACCUGAAAAUUUUAGAGAUGAUAGGUUCUUGGACGAUCGUCGGCGAGAGCGGGAGCCUAGAAUGGCGGAGAGCAGAAGCCGGUUAGACGAGCAGCUGGACGAAAGACGAUUGGAUGAUCGAAGAAGAGACGAACGUCGGUAUUUUAGAGAACAUAGGUUAGAGAGUCAAACGUAUCGUAACGAAGGCAGAAAUUACCGCCAAGAAUUACUUGACAGGUUUUCAGAUAUGGACUUUGAGGACCAUCAUGAUUAUCGUGAUCGUCAAAGGUAUUUUGAAUAGUUUUAUAUUUACCAAUAUGGAAGUGAGUACAAAUGUAACUUACUUAUGCUUAAGCAAUUAUACCUGCGCCUUUGAUGAUUUCCUGCAAUGAGGUGUUCCGUAUUUGUGAGGAAAAUAUAAACACUUAUGAACUUCUUAAAUUUUGACCAGUUUGGUGCCACAUUUGAGUAUUUAUGCUCAAUUUUUAAUCACUAAAUAAACUAAGUUUGUAUAGUUAUCCAAGCUUUAACGUAGUACUUAUAGAAUUUUUAACUCAUUUGUAAGGAAUGAUAUUGUUGAAAGCUGUAUAAAUUUACGUAUUUUGUAUAUUGUAUGAUAGCCUUCUAAAAGAACUGAAAUUACACUUCGCAAAUACAGUGUUUGAUUUAAUCACAAAUGGUUGUAAGCUGAACUUAAGUGUAGGAUCCUGAUUUCGAAUUAAUUUCGUUUAAAAGAUCUAGGGCAAUGCGUUGUUAUUAUAAAUAUUCUUAUACUAUUAAUAUGAGGAUUGCUUCAGCUUACAUACUAUUUAUAACUAUUAAUUUUUGUAGUUUUAAACUACCUACGUGAUACUGUUGCAUAUUCAAAUUUAUUGUCAUGCAAUGACUGAACUUAGAUAAAUUAUAAACUAUUACAAGUUUGCACCGCUCCGCUAGGUAUGUUUUAUGUAAAAAAAAUGUAUAAAUUUACCUGCAUGAAAAAGAGUAAAAGCUUACCCUACAUCAAUAUUUUAUCAAAAUCCAUUGUUAGACAACUCACAAUUUUUAUUAGCUACUAAUACUCAAAUUACACAAUUAAUAUAUGGAGGACAAUCAAUUAUUGAGUCAUAGCUAAUAGUUUUGUGUUUAAUCAAGUGCAACUAUUCUAACUUAACACAUGAGAACUUUCGGUUUCAUUUAGCUGAACAUUUUGAUUUCUCCUAAAUCCAGGUCUUAUUUUUGCUUGUUUCAUUCCGCUCCUGAAUCUAGAAAAUGCUGCGUACGCAUCCUGUAUAUUAGUUAAUUGCAUAAGAAGGAUCUUUGAUAAUGUGUUCAUUAGUAUUUUAUCUAACUUAAAGUUACAGGAGUAGAUAAUAAAAAUUGUGUACCAUAGAUAUUGAAUACAAAUUUUAAAACAAUAAUAACGAUAUACUUAACGCAUGUACCACUACAGGUAACAAUGCUGACCAAUUCGCUAACUUUUUUUCUGUAAUGUCUGGCAGUAAUCGCUGUACACAACAUUGAUUUUCUGUAAGUAAAGUUGUAUUAAAACGUUAAAACAGA